CAUUUUCUAAUUUUUUUGGCACUUUCUCCUCUUCCCUCCACCAUAUAUACUAGUUCAAUUGCUUCCUUCUCCCCAAUCCUCACUCUUUCUUCUUUAUUUUACCUACAUUGGCCAUUUUUGCAAAACAUUUAUAGAAAUAAUUACUAUAAAUACAUGAUGAAAGGUUUUUUGAUCCUCUACUAUAUGAGUACUCUGUUUUUGCUAUUUCCCAAUUUAGCAUUUGGUAGCCAUAAUUAUGGUGAAGCACUAAGUAAGAGCUUUUUAUUUUAUGAGGCUCAGAGAUCUGGUUAUCUUCCUCAUGAUCAGAGAGUUCAAUGGAGGGGUAAUUCUGGUCUUAACGACGGAAAAGCUAGUGGCGUAGAUCUGGUUGGAGGGUACUAUGAUGCAGGGGAUAAUGUGAAAUUUGGGCUACCAAUGGCAUUCACAGUUACCAUGAUGUCAUGGAGCAUAAUUGAGUAUGGGAAGCAAAUGAGUGAAAGUGGAGAGCUAAGUAAUGCUAUAGAUGCUAUUAAGUGGGGUGCUGAUUAUCUACUUAAAGCUCACCCUGAACCACAUGUCCUAUAUGGAGAGGUUGGAGAUGGUACCACAGACCAUUACUGUUGGCAAAGACCAGAGGACAUGACCACUUCAAGAGCUGCUUACAGGAUCGAUCCAAGUCGCCCUGGAUCUGAUCUCGCGGGGGAGACAGCAGCCGCUAUGGCUGCUGCCUCCAUAGUCUUUCGGAACAACAACCCUGCCUAUGCUGAGGAGCUUCUAACUCAUGCCUAUCAGUUAUUCGAGUUUGCGGACAAAUACAGAGGCAAGUAUGAUAGCAGUAUUACUGUGGCCCAGAAGUACUACCGAUCUGUUAGUGGAUAUGCGGAUGAAUUACUGUGGGCCGCUGCCUGGCUAUACAAGGCAUCUAACAAGCAAUAUUACUUGAACUACCUAGGGGAGAAUGGCGAUGCACUUGGUGGAACCGGUUGGUCCAUGACCGAAUUUGGCUGGGACGUCAAGUAUGCUGGUGUCCAGACUCUUGCUGCUAAGUUCCUAAUGCAAGGGAAUGCUGGUAACCAUGCAGCAGUCUUUGAGAAGUACCAAGAAAAGGCUGAGAAUUUUAUGUGUGCAUGUCUUGGUAAGGGUAACCAAAACAUCCACAAGAGUCCAGGAGGUCUCAUUUUCAGACAGAGAUGGAACAACAUGCAAUUUGUCACAAGUGCUUCAUUCCUUGCAACUGUUUACUCUGACUAUUUAGCAUCUGCUGGAAAAUCCCUCAAGUGUGCAUCCGGUCCUGUAUCACCACCCGAGCUCCUGGACUUUGCCAAGUCACAGGUUGACUACCUACUUGGAGAUAAUCCAAGAGCCACAAGUUACAUGGUGGGAUAUGGUAACAAUUACCCGAGACAAGUUCACCACAGAGGUUCCUCGAUCGUCUCUGUAAAGGUUGAUCCUACUUUUGUUAGCUGCCGUGGAGGUUAUGCUACCUGGUUUAACAGAAAGGCGAAUGAUCCCAAUCUUCUAACCGGAGCCAUUGUUGGGGGACCUGAUGCCUAUGACAACUUUGCUGAUCAAAGAGACAACUAUGAGCAAACCGAACCAGCUACCUAUAACAAUGCUCCCUUGAUUGGUGUGUUAGCUAGACUUCAUGGUGGUCAAAGUGAAUAUAGUCAGCUCCUUCCAGUUGCUAUUCCUCAGCCAAAACCAGAUCCAGAGCAAAAAGUAACUCCAGCUCCAGCUACUGACAUUGCUAUUGAGCAAAAGGAGACAACUUCAUGGGUUCGCGAGGGAAAAACUUACUACAGAUACUCAGCAAUAGUAACUAACAAGUCUUCUAAGACAUUGAAAAACUUGAAGCUCUCAGUAUCCCAGCUCUAUGGUUCCCUCUGGGGUCUUUCAAAGUACGGUGACUCCUACGUGUUUCCAGCCUGGAUCAACUCGUUACCAGCUGGAAAAAGCCUCGAGUUUGUUUACAUUCACACUGCUAAUUCUCCUGCAGUGGUCUCCGUAUCAAACUACACUCUUGACUAAAACGCGAGAAUUUUCACUUCUCGAGGGGUUUAAAUGUAAGAUUUGUGCAGCUUGUUUGUAAUUUUUCAACUUCUGGUUGCUUUGUAGUUUGAGUUAUUAGUGUUUUAGCUGAUGAAGUAAGGCGGAUAUUUGGACGAAGAAAGGAGCGAAGAGACGAAUUAAAACAAGUGCUCAUCCUCUUUCUUCUCCAUUUCAUUGUCACAAGAUCCAUAGUCAUGUAUUUGAAAGAAAGUUGCUUCUCCACAGAGAGUUCAUAGAUGGAAGUCUUCAUUUCCUUUGUAAUUUACGCAACUCAAGGUUUUCGUGUUUAUAAUAUUUUCUCCUCUGAUUCA